GUACGCGCUCCUUCAUAGUACCGUAUCCGACCAAGACAUACCAGACCACAGAUCCACAGGAGCCAUCGCAGUGUCUAUGUCCGACGAAAGCGCAAAGUUUGACGUCUGCGCUACUUAUCAGCGCAUCAUACAGAAUGAAGAGUUAUCGCCCCCCCUUGCCGCCAUCCUGACGCUGACAGAGUCUAUAUUCAAAUCAAAUGCUGGUACCAUGUUCGAACUCGUCCAGGCGCUGAACGACGACGCCGAAGUUUUGAAGGAGCAGAUCCCGAACUCGAUCAGCCUGAAUGCAGGCUGUGAGCUGUUCAUUGCAUUCGUGACAUUGUUUCCACAUGAGUCCGAUAGUUUUGCAGAACUCAAGACCGAGUUGGUACAACAGGGUCAGAAAUAUGCCGCAGAAGCGAUCUCCUUCCGCGACAAAAUAGCAGAGGCGACGCUCGGUUUCAUCAAAGACGAUUCGGUGAUACUCACUCAUUCCUACUCACGGGUGGUCAUGAAGGCCUUGCUUCAUGCCCAUAAAACGAAGCGUAUAUCCGUUUAUGUCACCGAGGCGAGACCGCGCGGGCUCGGGCUUAAGACGCACGAGGCACUGACGGCAGCUGGCAUCCCAUGCACGGUUGUCCUAGACUCCGCCGUCGCAUACGUCAUGGAUCGUGUCGACUUCGUCAUGGUGGGAUCUGAAGCGGUCGUCGAGAGCGGCGGCUUGAUUAACGCAGUGGGAAGCAACCAAAUGGCCAUCAUAGCGAAGGCAGCCAACAAGCCGUUCUAUGCGCUAGCUGAGAGCUACAAAUUCCACCGACUGUUCCCGCUAUCGCAAUAUGAUCUUCCAACGCACAACCCGACGAUACUGUCUUUCUCAACGCUACAGCAUCGCCCCACGCCGCCAGACAAAGUUUCGCACGGUACGACCGCUAGUGGCCAAACCCUUGCCCGAGAUGGCACUUCGGAGACCACGAUCGUGCCCCCUCCUACGGAAAUGAAGAUGUCCACGGAACAAAUGUCACGUAAUCCUAGCGUGGAUUACACUAGGCCGGACUUGAUUUCCCUUGUGUUCUCGGACGUCGGCAUAUUGACGCCGGAAGGAGUCAGUCAGUACCUGGUCGGAAUGUUUGCUGGGUAACCAGUAUGUACCACUACUGUCAUUCCGAAGCUUCGGACCCACUAGUGUCCGCCAUAGGCUUCUCAGAACAGGUAACCCGCAGACCGACACCGACGCACCCAUUAUCGUCAACACGUGAAUGAUCGUCAAGUUCCGACUAAGCCACAUCCACGGAGGAGCGUGCCAACCACACUGAUGGGGAUGUUUUUGCCUAUUACCUGAGGUGCCCGUCCGCAGCCCUGGUUUCCAGCCUUGGCUCCAUAUAGCAUGCGUCGCUCGCCCCGUGUAUUCUACUUCGGAUAUGAUAUCGAUGAAAUCUGCGAUGUAGCUCUGGAGCACUCGCGCGUUGCUCAUCGAAAA